AAUUAAUCCCCGCACUUCCACAACAAGCAGUCGGGUUCCCAUUGCUCAAGCUGUCUGCAACUCACUGCCUAUCCGCCCACGCUAUCUCGACGAUCGUCCAAUCUCAACCCUGGAACGUGCCCGCGCCUUGUCAUCUUUUCCCAGCGUCAAGCCUUCUCUUGCGCCAAUUGAUAUUUCCGGCUGCUCGCCCCGCCAUACACCUUCGACGUCAUCACACCUAACACCGACAACUCCCACGACUCCUCCCCUUGCAUCCGUCCACAUCUUUCCUAACAUUCUUGUCCCUUGAGCCCCGCUUAUCUCAACUCCGCGAAUCCACCGCCGCCUCGGCCGCCCCCAUCUGCAUCGCCGCCACUACCCAGUCACCAAACGCCAGCGCCAUCCUCCAAGCUGGCAGGUAACAGGCGUCGGAGCGCCCAGGGAGGCUUGCUCUCGAAAAUGUUUGGCAAUGCAAAGGACGACGAGAGUCCCGCCAUCGACACCCCUGCCAACAAUGACGCGCCCAAACCCGCAGCCCCAGCGGCGGACAACGCAGCUGCUGCACCGACAAACACGACCAGCAACGGCUCCGCUUCCAUAGAUCGCAAGCCCAGUGACGCUUCCGCUCCCACCGAGAGAAAACGACGGAGUAGUGGCGUAUCGCGUGCCCGCGACAUGUUCUCGAGCGCAAAACAGUCGCUGCACCUCGGCGGCUCUUCUCCCACCAACACCACCAACUCCACCAUGACCGAAAAGGCUGCCCCCCAGACGCCCAUGCAGAAGCUGGGCAAGUCGGAUGCCGCUCUCAGCGUCCCCCAGGGCUCCCUCAACAACUCCGCCGGCGAGUCGGCGCCCGGCCCACGAUCUACCUUCCGCGUUGGUGUUACAGAGGAUAAGAACAAGAAGUGCAGACGAACCAUGGAGGAUACCCACGCAUACCUGUACAACUUCCUGAGCACCCCAGCGCCCUCGUAUGCUGCCGACAAGGCCCGCGCCAUCUCCGACGCCAGCUCCACUCAGUCUGACCCUCUGUCGCAAGCCGUAGUUGAGACGGACAACGGAUACUUCGCCAUCUUUGAUGGGCACGCCGGAACCUUCGCUGCCGACUGGUGUGGAAAGAAGCUUCACCUGAUCCUGGAAGAGACGAUCCGGAAGAACCCCAACACCCCGAUACCCGAGCUGCUCGAUCAGACCUUCACUGUAGUCGACCAGCAGUUGGAGAAGCUUCCUUUGAAGAACAGUGGUUGUACUGCGGUGAUUGCGGUUCUGAGGUGGGAGGACCGAGUACCUAAUGCGCAAUCGUCCACCGGCUCAGUGCUAUUUGCCCCCGCGGCAGUAUCGGCUAUCAAGCAUGCAGGCGAAGGCGGGGAGGCUACCGAUUCAGCUGUGGAGCCUGCAGCUGAGCAGCAAGUCGAGGCGAGAUUACGAAACGAGGCCAGCCGACAACGCGUGCUGUACACCGCCAACGUAGGCGAUGCGCGUAUUGUCCUCUGCCGCAAUGGCCGAGCGCUCCGCCUCUCCUACGACCACAAGGGCAGCGACGAGAACGAGGGACGCCGUGUUGCCAGCGCUGGUGGCUUGAUUCUCAACAACCGCGUUAACGGCGUCCUGGCUGUCACACGAGCACUGGGCGAUGCCUAUAUGAAGGACUUGGUCACCGGACAUCCGUACACCACCGAGACUGUUAUCCAGGCCGAGCAGGACGAGUUUCUCAUUCUCGCUUGCGAUGGUCUCUGGGAUGUCUGCUCCGACCAGGAAGCCGUCGACCUCGUCCGCCAAGUUCACGAUCCCCAAGAAGCAUCCAAGAAGCUCGUCGACUACGCCCUUGCACGCUUUUCCACUGAUAAUCUCUCCUGCAUGGUCGUUCGCUUCGACAACAAGGCGCUCCGGCAGCGCAAGAACGACGCCGCGAUGGGUGUGGACGGUGACCAGUCGACCAUGAAGGGCGGCAUCACCGAAGCAGACGCCAUCGUGGCUCAAGCGAAGAAGUCGAUUGGCGAGCCAGAGAUACCGGUCGAAGCAGCGGCGCAGGAGAUUAUCAUGGAGGAGGCCGAGGCCGAGCCAGGACCUGAGCUCAACUUGGACGCUGCAAAGGCAGCCAGGAAACAUGACGCAUAAUGUGGAUGGGUCACUAUUUGGCAUAUGGAUACUAUGAAUUGGAGGAAUGUUUUGGAAUGGCAGGGUGGCGUGCAAUGUUCAUGAGGAGAUGGUGGCAGUGUAUGAUUUCUAGCGUACCUGAGGAUCCCUUUCAGGACCAGGUUUCUGUCGGGUGCAUUUCCUAAGGUUAGCCGUAACUCAGAGCUGAGCGCUUCAAUUCAAUCAAAGCAAAGCAAGUAAAGUCAAGAUGAGCUUGCCAUACGUGUUUGUUUGCUGCCGUUCAGCUCCUACAUCAUUGUUUGCCCCGCAUGUUU